UAAGAAGAAGAAUAAGAAGAAGAAGCAACCAGCCAGUGAACGAGCGGGGACUUUAAAGUAGCAAUUGAGACGGCCGGGUUCGAUGAGAUUGAGACGAAGGCCUUUUAUGGAGAUGUGGGCCAUGGAGGACUCGGCGACCAGUACCACUGUAGUAGGGUCAACUCACCUCAAGCAAGGGCAGGCCACCCAUAUCGGGGCAUUAGUUGUUCCUUCCCCCAAAGUGAGAAGCCUUUUCAGAAUCUCAACAAGCAAAGGCAUUUCCACGGUUAUCUUGAAGGAGUGUGAUAUGGGUCUUUGCCCUUUCGAAACAAACAAACAUGUGAUGUGGCAAAGCCAACGGCUGCAAUGUCUUUUGAGGUCACAUGUUCUGUCCUAACUGGCUUGUAAAGUGUAGGCCAGAAAAACUUAGCUGCAUUUAGUUUCAUUGUUUCUCUCCUCCCGUAUACUUCUCUCACUAUUGUUUCCUUUUCUUUCUUCUUGCACAUGUUCUCUUUUUCUACUUAGUUUCACCACCAGAGUUUCCACUUGUUGCAGAACGUACAGCUGCAUCAUAAUCACUUCUUAAGGUCAGAAUCUGAAUAAGUGGUGAGAAGCUUGUCAAAUGAAAUAAACAUCCAUGGAGAAUUCGGGGAGCCAUGGCACAUCCGGUUGUAACCCCUUAACCACAUUUGUACAAACAGAUACAAAUACUUUCCGAGAGGUCGUGCAGCGGCUAACAGGCCCAUCAGAAGGCAAUGCAACACAAGAAGGGGCAACAAUGAAGGUCGUGGGUAUAAAGAGAGCAACACCAAAACUCCAUGAGAGAAGGCAAUACUCUAGGCCUAGACUUGAGAUAGUUAAACCCCCUGUCCAAUUUAAACCUGCAGGCACAUCAACCGACCUGCACCAUAGCUUCUCCCCCACCACAUCAGGGAACUCUGGUUUUCUCCCAAGCCCUACGACCCCUUCUACAAUUUUCUCAAAGUUGUGCAUCCUGGAAGAGGAAAAGAAAGGAGAAUCAGCAAUACCUGAAUUGAAUAGUCAAGAAGAAGAGAAAGCCAUCAAAGAGAGGAGAUUUUAUUUGCAUCCAUCACCUCGAUCCAGACCAGGAUACAGUGAACCAGAGUUGCUUACCUUGUUCCCUCUAACAUCUCCAAAAACAAGCGAGAAACCAUGAUUUUGAAAAUGUAGCUGCACUUGUAAUAACUUUCUUUCUGCAUGUUCCAAACUGUUAGAGAUAAUGUCCCUAACAACAACAGUAUAAUUCAAACUCAAAGACAUGAUGAUGUUAUCUGAGAUAUUGGUGUCCAUUGCAGUUUGAGUUGUACUAUACGAAGACUAAGAGGUCUACUCUAAUCAUACUGCACAUUUGAAUUGUGAACUUCGAUUGUAUCUAUCAGGAUAGAUUUUAUGUAACUGAACAGUCCUAAAUAUU